UUUCUUUGAUAAGAAUAAUGAAGUGACAGGUUUCAAGUUGAAGGCGUUUGUGGAUUUCUCAGCCGUGUUCUUUGUAAACCACGCACUGAUGCAAAGGUAAAGGGGGCGCGGCUGAAAUCUCUCCCUGACUUAAAUCUAAGGCCGAAACGCUGAUGAAAACUCGAAAGCCAAUAGCAAGGGCAUCCUCUUCAACUUCGUUUUCUCUUCCUUCCUCGUCGUUUUCCGAUAUGCCGCGAAAAUCCUCCCUUUUCAAACAUACCCUUAUCGCCACCGUCUUCUUCCUCUUCGUUAUCUACGCCUUCUUCUCCACUUUCUUCAACUCUCCCUCCGACUCUUCUUCUUCUUCUUCUUCUUCUUUCAUUGAACUUGAUCGUGUUUUUUCCCUAGAAAAUCCCAAUGAUUUUCCCCAGAGAGUCAAGGUUUUUAUGUAUGAUCUCCCUCACAAGUUCACCUACGGAAUCAUCCAACAGCAUUCCCUCGCGCGUGGUGGAUCCGUCGUCUCCGAUGUCACCACCCUCAAAUACCCCGGUCACCAGCACAUGCACGAGUGGUUCCUCUUCUCCGACCUCUCCAAGCCCCAAUCCGACCGCCUCGGAUCCCCCGUGAUUAGAGUCACCGACCCGGAGGAAGCCGACCUUUUCUACGUCCCUGUUUUCUCUUCCUUGAGCUUGAUUGUUAACGCGGGUCGGCCUCCCGGUUCUGGGUCGGAUUACAGCGACGAGGAAAUGCAGAACCAGCUGGUGGAUUGGCUCAAGGGACAGGAGUAUUGGAAGAGGAAUAACGGGUGGGAUCACGUGAUUAUUGCCGGGGAUCCCAACGCGCUCUAUCGGGGCGUGGAUCAUGUCAAGAAUGCCGUGUUGUUGGUUUCGGAUUUUGGGCGGUUGAGGCCAGAUCAAGGGUCAUUGGUGAAGGAUGUCAUAAUUCCUUAUUCGCAUCGGAUCAGUGCUUAUACAGGAGAUUUUGGAGUGAAAGACAGGAAGACCUUGCUAUUUUUCAUGGGAAAUCGGUACAGAAAAGAGGGAGGCAAAAUUCGUGAUUUGUUUUUCCAAAUACUUGUAAACGAGGAAGAUGUUGUAAUUAAACAUGGAACACAGUCCAGAGAGAAUAGAAGAGCAGCAUCCCGUGGGAUGCACACAUCAAAGUUCUGUUUGAAUCCUGCAGGAGAUACUCCAUCAGCUUGCAGACUCUUUGAUUCCAUAGUUAGCUUGUGUGUCCCUGUAAUUAUCAGUGAUAGCAUUGAGUUGCCAUUUGAAGAUAUUAUAGACUACAGAAAGUUUUCUGUAUUUGUCGAAACUACAACUGCCCUAAAACCAGGGUAUCUUGUUUCACUGCUGAGAAAAGUACCUGAAGAGCAAAUAAUUGAAUAUCAGAAAGCAAUGAAAGAGGUGAGGCGGUACUAUGAUUAUACUCAUCCAAAUGGAACGGUUAAUGAAAUAUGGCGACAAGUCUCACAAAAGCUGCCUGUGAUCAAACUUAUGAUUAAUCGUGACAAGCGACUCGUUAAGAGGCAGUUGACUGAACCCGAUUGCUCUUGUCUUUGUUCGAACCGGACAGGAAUUAUAAGCUCCUUGUGAUAACAUCAUGUUUUGAAAGUUCAUUUCAUCUAUCAAAUGUAUGUCCUAGCAAAAACUGACUUAGAAG